UUUCCUUCCUUGCUCCACCAGCUUCAAACACCAUACACUUCCUGUGAUCUUCCAGCCUUCUUCUCGAGAAGAAAUGGUGGGGAGUCGUUGCGAUCCCGACCUUUGUCUUCGCCUUGGCAUUAAUGGAGGUGGCGAUGGCGGCCACUGCAGCACCGAGUUCAGCCCUAGCAGGGUGGAGGAAGCAUCAGGCAGCUCAAGAUCAGAGUACCAGCAGCAGCAGCAGCAGCUUACCAUCUGUUACAAUGGAAGAAUCUGCGUGUGCGACGUAACUGAGAUUGAGGCAGAAGCCAUCAUCGCCAUGGCCAGGCAAGAGACGGAUGAUCAAACGAGGAAGAAGAGGCAAGAACAGCAGCCAAAGGAGUCAUCCACAACUUCAUCAUCAUCACCACCACCUCUGCCUCCACCUCGUUUUCUGCAGCAUCUCCACAUCGAUCCGGAGCUCUCAAGGAAGCGAUCGCUGCAGCGAUUCCUUCAGAAGCGCAAGUCCAGAAUGAACGCCGUCUCCCCUUACUGUCACCCACCGCAACUCUUCUUCUCUAUCAAAUCAUAGUCCUUCCUUCUCGUUUCUAAGCCACACUGUGGUGUUGCUGCAUGCGUGCGUGCAUGCAUGCAUGCAGCAAUCUGUGGUGGACGCUUCUUUGAUGUAAUUGCUUUAGAGUUUCCUUCCGAGAACAAUUCCAAUGUAUGCGGUGUACAA